AUGACUGCCUCAGUUCAGGACCAGGAGAAGACUCCUGAUCUCCAAAAUGCCGACUGCGAAGCGGUACCGGUCGAUCGUGCACAAGUGGACGAAGACAAGGAGCCCAUAAGCCACGAGUUCGUCGACCGGGAACAUGCCCAACGGGGUGUCCAGAAAGCCGCCGCAAUCACCGCUGCAUGGAACAAAAAGUCUUUGAUUCUGGCAUAUGCUGGGAUCUUCCUUGUAUUCUACGUGAACUCGCUACAGCAGCAGAUCAGCGGUAAUCUCACCAUUUAUGUGACCAGCUCCUUCGCAGAGCAUCCCCUCACGGCGACAACCAGCGUCAUGUCCAGCAUCAUCGGCGCUGUCGCCAAGUUGCCCAUUGCCAAAAUCAUCGACAUCUGGGGCCGUACGGAAGGCUAUGCUUUGAUGGUUCUCCUGGCCACUUUGGGAUUGAUUAUGAUGGCGGCAUGCAACAAUGUCCAGACCUACGCCGCGGCUCAAGUAUUCUACUGGGUUGGAUAUGACGGAAUUGCUUAUGUCCUGGAUGUCACCAUGGCGGAUACAUCCUCCCUCAAGAAUCGAGCAUGGAUCUUCGCAUUCAGCACCUGCCCAUACAUCGCCAACACCUUCGCCGGUCCCGCAGCCGCCCAACAAUUCUACAAACAUAGCUCCUGGCGCUGGGGUUACGGAUCGUUUGCCAUCAUCGUCCCAGCAGUUUGCACUCCAUUGAUCAUCAUCUUCGUCCUGAACCGUCGCAAAGCCGCAAAGCUCGGCUAUGUGUCCAAGGAGAAGAGUAACAGGACGGUGUGGCAGUCGGUUCUCCACUAUGCCAUUGAGUUUGACAUUGUCGGUGUCAUCCUUAUUUCUGCUGCAUUCGCCUUGUUCCUCCUCCCGUUUAGCCUUGCCUCUUCGUCGGCGCAAGAAUGGAGGACCCCUCAUAUCAUCGUGAUGAUCGUUCUGGGUGGCUUGCUGUUCCCCGUGUUUGUGGUUUGGGAAAAGUUCUUUGCUCCCGUCUGCUUUGCCCCGUUCCAUCUCCUCAUAGACCGGACUGUCCUGGGCGGCUGUCUCCUAGGAGCAAUUCUAUUUAUAAGCUUUUACUGCUGGGAUAUAUAUUUCACUUCGUUCCUCCAGGUCGUUUACAAUCUCAGCAUUGCAGAUGCCGGCUACGUCUACAACAUCUACAACAUCGGUUCAUGCUUCUUUUCCGUUCUAGUCGGAUUUGUGAUUCGCGCGACUGGCAACUUCAAAUAUGUCGCCCUUGCUGCCGUUCCCCUCCAGAUCCUCGGGACCGGCUUGAUGAUCUAUUUCCGUCAACCGGACAAGGGUAUCGGGUACGUUAUUAUGUGCCAGAUUUUCAUAGCCCUGUCUGGGGGAACGCUCGUUAUUUGCGAACAAAUGGCUGUGAUGGCGGCGGCUGCACACUACGAGGUGGCCGUUGUGCUGGCCCUUGUGGGGUUGUUUACCAGCAUUGGGGGUGCCAUCGGUCAGACCGUGGCGGCGGCGAUCUAUACCAACCUCAUGCCGGGCGCAUUGCAGAAGUAUCUCCCCGACGAUGCCAAGUCGCAGGCGACGGCCAUCUACAGCAGCAUCACCACCCAGCUGCAGUACCCGAUGGGCAGUCCAGUGAGGGAGGGCAUUAUCCAGGCCUACCGAGACGUCAUGCGCCGGUUGUGCAUUGCGGGAGUGUGCUUUUUGCCGGCGGCCUUUGUCUUUGUUCUGAUGAUGAAGAAUAUUAACGUGAAAACGGUCAAACAGGUCAAAGGAACUGUGGUCUAG